UCUGUGCGUAGUCCUACAUGGGGUGUCGCUCCGGGUUUAAAGGAUAUGCAACGUCCCUGAGUAUCGGUUUACAUACGUGUCUGCCACCGCGCUGUGUAAUAGAAUUCACAGAUUGUGAUGUUGUUUAUUAAAUACUAUGGCAGGCAGUGGUCAAUCAAGGUAUUAUCGGUCGUAUUCUCUUGGAUCACAUCUGAUUAAUAGAACACAAGGCAUACGAGGGCUCGUGAACUAUGGUUUUUCCUGCUGUGUAAAUGCAUUGCUGCAGAGUUUCUGUGCCACCUGGGAACUGGUAGACAUACUUGACAAGUGGAAUCCACUGCAUGUUGAAAAUAAGAACCGCAAUGUACCCCUGCAGCUAAAAGAAGUGUUCAAAGCCAUGCAGAGUGACCACUCACAACCAGUCUCCCAUCAUGACUUCCUGAAAUGUCUGGACAAGAAUCGCAUUCGCCUUUAUGUGCAGCAUGAUGCGGAUGAGGUAUUCCUCUUGAUUCUGAACUUCUUACAACGACAGAUGGACGAGGACACCUUGGUGCAGGCGAUCCUCUCCCUGUACAAGGUUUCACUAGAGACAGUCCUGCACUGUAGAGAUUGCACAUACAUCCAGUCCUAUACCAGCUUCCUUCUCAGCCUCCCACUACACAUCAAAGAAGACCACAACUCUUUGGAAGAUUGCAUUAAGUCCUUCUUUGAGCCUGAGGUUCUAAGAGAUACUGAGAAGUGCUAUUGUGAACAGUGUGGAAUGAAGACAUGCGCUACACGGGGUUUCAAGAUAAUCUCAUUGCCCCCUAUUUUGUGCCUGCACUUGAAGAGAUUCCGCAGCUAUCAUGACUAUACCAAGAAGUUGCAGUGCAAAGUCACUUUCCCCGAAACUUUUGAUUUUUUGGAGAUUGUGAAAGAAGAGACACUGUCACAAAAAUAUGUUACGAAUGGCAGCAAGUACAGUUUGUGUGCUGUCAUCGUGCAUAUUGGUAUUGCCAGGUUUGGGCACUACACUGCCUAUGUUCAUCAUAAGGGGGACCAGAGCUGGUACUAUGCAAAUGACAGCUCUGUGCGGAAGGUCUGUUGGAGUGAUGUGCAGAGCUCUUAUGGAGGCGAUGGCAGAGAGAAGACUGCAUACAUGCUGCUGUACAGGAGAGACACACAGGAACAGCAGUUUGAUGGCACAGAAACCCUGUGACUUUAGAAAACAGGGGCCCUAUGUAAAGGGACUUUCAGAUGGCGGUCCUCUUGUACACUAAUUUAAUUUAGGUUAUCAUGUAAUGGUAUCUUUUUUAUGUAUUAUGCUAAUGUAUUUAGACUCACUAAAAUCAGAGAGAAUUAUGUCAUAUUUAAAUAUUUGUACCACAAUCUUAUGAUUUUAUUGUUGUACAGGGGAGAUUACUGGUAACAUAUAGAGUUAUGGCCAAGCCAUUUUGGAGUCAGAGCAGAACAGUUUCAAAUGUACCACUAGGUGGACACAAAGACUUUUAAAACAAAGAGUUGCUCUGUAAUUUCUGACACCACAUAUUGAGACAGUUCUAAGACACUGCUGAGUUUAAUAUUUAGUGUGUGUGGUGCAAUAGGUCAUUUUGGAGGUAGAUAUUUGCAUUUUAAUUGAUUGGAAAUGUGUGACUCAUUGUCUUUUAACUGUGGGCACAUCUUUUGGUUGAGGUGCUCUUUUUUGGUUUCAUUCACUGUCCAAAGCAAUAAAAAACAUUCCUGGCA